UAUGUAGUGAUCGGGCAGUAGAGUCAUCGGUAUUAUUUCUCACCCUUUUUGGCAAGGCCAACGUCAAUCCAGUUAUUGCGGUACCAGUUGGGAUAAAUAAACCCAUACAAACGCCAGAAUGCUAGGUACCGUCAGCAAGCAACUUAAAUCCCACCCCGCUCUGAUCCCCCUGUUCUUCUUUAUUGGUGGUGGGAUGGUCAUGUCCAUGAUGUACCUUGGCCGUCUCGGCCUCGGCCCUCAUGUCUGCUGGGACCGCAAGAAUAACCCAGAGCCCUGGAACAAGAUGAGCGCCACAGAUCAGUACAAGUUCUUUACCGUAAACAUGGACUACAGCAAGUUGAAGAAGAACGGCCCCGACUUCUAAACUCGUAUCUUCUGUCAAAGUGUUGCAGGGCCGUAAGUUUAGGGGGGAAACAUGUUGAAAACACCUGGACCUUUUGAAAGCCCAACUCUGACCCCAAUGGAUGUAAAAAAGCUAACCCGCACAAAUGUUUCUUUAUCUUGUUGAAUUUCCCCAUUCGGUCCCAUUGCACUUUCUUUGCCACCUUAUAUAUAUUAUUUUCCUUCUAAUUCUGUAAAGUUAUCUAAGGUUGGCAAUAAAGUGAAGGAGAUAUCUCCUGCAUACAGAGAAAAACAA